AUGUACUUGGAUUUAGUGGGGUACUGCUUACGAUUUCAAGCACAGAUUGCAGUAGAGUUAGGACCGUGGAAUGAAUUUUUGUGUAAUUUAAAAUCAGCUCCAGAAAGGUAUGAAGUAAACUCGAUGGUUUCACAGUUUGUUGCAUAUUGUUUUCAUCUUACACCGUUGGCUGCUAUUUGGGUAGCGUUACUGUAUGAUUGGCUACCAUACACGCAUAAUUUCACAAAAAUGUAUUACGACUACAUCUUGCAUUUCCCUAUUUAUGCCGUUUUUCUAAUAGGAAUUUAUGCUAUAUGUAGCGUGCUUUACGGUGUGGCAACAUUCAAUGAUUGUGCUGAAGCUCAAGAAGAAUUAAGAGAGGAAAUCAAUGAAGCGAAAAUGGAUUUAAGACGAAGGAAUGUGAUUUCGUAG